AUGAGGCGCUUGGGGUCGGUGCAGCGGAAAAUGCCUUGUGUGUUUGUGACGGAGGUGAAAGAGGAGCCUUCCACCAAAAGGGAGCAUCAGCCAUUUAAAGUUUUGGCAACUGAAACUGUAAGUCACAAGGCAUUAGAUGCAGAUAUAUACAAUGCAAUUCCAACAGAAAAAGUGGAUGGAACAUGUUGUUAUGUUACUAACUACAAAGGUCAGCCAUACCUUUGGGCUCGGCUAGAUAGGAAACCUAACAAAUUAGCUGAGAAAAGAUUUAAAAAUUUUCUACAUUCAAAACAAAACUCAAAAGAAUUUUUUUGGAAUGUUGAGGAGGACUUCAAACCUGUUCCAGAAUGCUGGAUACCAGCGAAGGAAAUAGAACAAUUAAAUGGGAAUCCAAUGCCUGAUGAAAAUGGACACAUUCCUGGUUGGGUACCAGUGGAGAAAAGCAACAAACAGUACUGCUGGCAUUCGUCUGUAGUCAAUUAUGAGUUUGAGAUCGCCCUGGUCCUGAGGCAUCAUCCUGAUGAUCCUGGCCUUUUGGAAAUUAGUGCAGUGCCGCUCGCAGAUCUUCUAGAACAAACACUGGAGCUUAUAGGAACCAAUAUUAAUGGAAAUCCUUAUGGGUUAGGAAGCAAAAAGCAUCCAUUACAUCUUCUUAUACCACAUGGAGCAUUUCAAAUAAGAAAUCUACCUACCUUGAAGCACAGUGAUCUGUUGUCCUGGUUUAAUGGUUGCAGAGAGGGUAAAAUUGAAGGAAUAGUAUGGCAUUGCAGUGAUGGCUGUUUAAUCAAGGUCCAUCGCCACCAUCUUGGUUUAUGUUGGCCGAUCCCAGAUACUUACAUGAAUUCAAAACCAGUUCUUAUCAACAUGAAUCUGAACAAAUAUGAGUAUGCCUUUGAUGCUAAGUGUUUAUUUAAUCAUUUUUCAAAAAUAGACAAUCAGAAAUUUGGUAGGCUCAAAGAUAUAAUACUUAAUGUAUAA